AUGGGGGUGAGGCGGAGCCUUCAGAGUGGGGGCGUUGUGCUCAGCUUCAUGGCCAACGUCUUCACGGUACUCUCCACUGCCACCAACUACUGGACCCGCCACCAAGGAGGCCACAGUGGCCUGUGGCAGGAGUGUAACCACGGUGUCUGCUCCAACAUUCCCUGCCAGACCACGCUGGCGGUGACCGCGGCGUGCAUGGUGCUGGCAGUGGGCUUCGGCAUCGUGAGCAUGAUUAUGGGGCUGCGGAUUCGAUGCCACCCGGGCGAGUCGCUGCGGGCACAGACUACAAGCGCCCUCCACUUCCUCUGCGGGCUGCUGCUGCUUAUCGCCUUCGUAGGCUACACCGUGAAGAACGCAUGGAAGAACGAUGUCUUCUUCUCCUGGUCCUAUUUUUCUGGGUGGCUGGCUUUACCCUUCUCAAUUCUUGCGGGCUUUUGCUUUCUGCUGGCAGACAUGAUCGCGCAGAGCACCGAAGCCAUCAGUGGAUUCCCCGUGUGCCUGUGAUCGCAGCAUGCCUGGGGUAGAAUAAAGAAAUGAUUUUUAGC